UGAAUGGUGGCAGUACACAUGGGGCCAACGUGUUGGGCCUACGUAUAUUACUUGCUCUGUGAUUACUUGCUCUGUGCUUGUUAUCAGUAUAUAUUACUUUCCUCUAUGCUUGUUAUUUCUAGUUUUUGAAAAUGAGUGAUUUGCCGUAUCAAGUUGAAUAUGCGAAAUCUGGCAGAGCAUCAUGUAAAGUUUGUCAACAGAAGAUAGAUCAGGGGGCUUUACGAAUAGCUAUCAUGGUUCAGUCUGCAUUCCAUGAUGGGAAGCAACCAAAUUGGCAUCAUGAAGAAUGUUUUUUCAAAAAGAAGUGUCCAACAAGUAUUGCUGAAAUUUCAAACUUCAAUAAACUAACACAUAAUGACCAGAAAAAAAUUAAAGAAAAAAUUGGUGGAUCCUCUAGUGGAGUGGUUUUACCCACAGAUAAGGGAAAGAAAGGCAAGGGAACUAAGAGAGGCAAGGAAAGUAAAACUGUUCAAACCGGCCUCUCCAAUUAUACAAUUGAAUAUGCUAAGUCCAGCAAAUCUACCUGCAAACACUGUGAUAUAAAAAUUUGUAAGGAUGAAGUCAGAGUUGCCAAAAUAGAAUAUGAUCCUAGGUAUGGUGAGGCACCAGCAUGGCAUCAUGUUAAGUGUUUUGCUGAAAGGAAGGCUGAAUUGUUGUUCCUAGCUGGUGGAGAAGACAUUCCAGGAUUUGUUAAACUUAGUAAGGAAGACCAAAAAAUGGUUAAAGAUGAAAUAAAAGCUUCAAAUCUGGACGAAGUUCCAGUGAAAAAAUUAAAAGCAGAAGCAAAAGAUGCAGCAGAAAUAAAACAAGAGAAAGAAUUAGAAAAGAAAUUAGAGAAACAAAAUAAAUUGUUUCACAAAUACAGAAACUUGCUCAGUGAGUUAAGCAAGACUGACUUGCAUGAACUACUUGAAAAAAACUCACAAAAAAUCCUAAAAGGCACAGAUGAGUGUCUGGAUCAUCUGGCUGACAUAAUGGCGUUUGGAGCACUGCAGCCAUGUCGAGAAUGCAAGCAGGGGCAGUUAAUUCUUGAUACAUUCCAUUAUAAAUGCACAGGUAAUAUAAGUGAAUGGACUAAAUGUAUCUAUACAACUACAAAUCCUAAAAGGGCUAAAAUGGUUGUACCGGCACCAUAUAAAGGCGGCUCAGUGUUUAAAAGCUACAAACCUAAAGUGGGGGAGCGAGUAUUCGAGGUUGCUCCACCGCCAGCUAUAGUCGUCGUCAAGAAAGAGGAGCCAGAGAGUGAAAAAACUGUCCCUCAUCUACCUUUAAAGAAUCUCCAAUUUUUCUUAUAUGGAAAAUUUAAGGCUCUAAAAGAGGAAGUUCAAAAUCGUGUAUUAAAAAUGGGAGGUCUUGUUGUGUCUAAAUUGACUGAGACAACUGCGGCUGUUAUAUCCACAAAGACAGAUGUCGAAAAUAUGCCCAGGAAAAUGGAAGAAAUCCAGGAUCAAGAUAUUGAAGUUGUGGAUGAAACAUUCUUGGAUCAAAUUGACCCCAAAACGGGCACCGUCACAGAAACGUUAGAACUUAUCAAACAACAUAAUAUUGCUCCUUGGGGGUCUGAUCCAACAAAACGAGUACCGCAAGAUGUAAUCGACGGAAAAUCCAUAGAGUUAAUAUCUGGAAGCAUGUAUGCAAAGUCAAAAUCAUCCAAACAAAAGAUUAAAAUUAAAGGUGGUACGGCCGUAGACCCGGACUCGGGUCUAGCGGACAAAGCACACGUGUAUACAGACAGAUCGGGGGAUAAGUUCACAGUGGUGCUGGCCAAGACUGACGUAGUCGCGGGAAAGAAUUCCUUCUACAAGCUGCAAGUGUUGGAGGCUGAUGAUAAUGAGAAAUAUUGGUUGUUCCGAGCGUGGGGUCGUAUUGGUACACCUAUAGGCGGUACCAAAGUAGAGGAUUGUAAAACUUUAUAUGAUGCCACUGAUAAGUUCAGAGACCUGUAUAUGGAGAAAACCCAGAAUGAUUGGAAGAAACGAAAAGAUUUUGUAAAGGUGCCAGAAGCAUAUUACCCCAUUGAUAUGGAUUACGGUGAAGAAAAAAUAAAGAAACUAAAAGUGGACAAGAACAGUAGCCUCCCAAUGCCAGUGCAAAAUCUCGUUAAGAGGAUAUUCGACGUUGACACCAUGAUAAAGACUCUGCUAGAGUUUGAGCUUGAUACAGAAAAGAUGCCUUUAGGAAAACUAUCCAAGAAGCAAAUUAAAUCUGGAUAUAAUGUUUUAUCUAAGCUUCUUAGAAAUAUUCAGAAUGGCAGGGCAAAUAACAGUGAAAUUGUAGAUGCUACGAACAGGUUUUAUACUCUUAUUCCACAUAACUUUGGUACGAAUAAUCCUCCGCUGCUGGACAGCGUAGACGUAAUCUCCAAUAAAAUACAGAUGCUUGAUAACUUACUCGAAAUUGAAAUUGCCUAUAGUCUUAUGCAAUCAGAUGUAAAUAGCACUUGUCCAAUUGAAGCUCAUUAUAAGAAACUGAAAACAGAUAUAGAGCCUAUCGCCAAGGAUAGUGAGGAAUUCAAGAUGAUAAAUGAAUACAUUAAGAACACGCACGGUUCCACGCACUCUAAUUAUAAACUCGAACUUCAAGAGGUUUUUAAAGUAGUGCGUGAAGGCGAAAAGGACCGCUUCGAGCCUUUCCGAGAGUUUCACAACAGGCGGCUUCUGUGGCACGGCUCCAGAACUACCAACUACGCUGGAAUUCUCUCACAAGGUCUUCGCAUAGCGCCUCCAGAAGCGCCCGUGACGGGUUACAUGUUCGGCAAAGGUAUCUACUUCGCCGACAUGGUGUCCAAGUCGGCGAACUACUGCUGCGCAAACAGAGCCAGCUCCGUGGGUCUGAUGCUGCUGAGUGAAGUGGCUCUUGGUGAUAUGAAAGAGUGCAUGAAAGCGGAGUACGUAACCAAACUACCGAGCGGCAAGAACUCAGUAUGGGGCGUUGGUCGCGAGCAGCCUGACCCGACCCAGAACAAGGUGCUAGACGAUGGUGUUAUUGUGCCCUUGGGAAAACCAAUAGAGAACCCGGUGCAGUGCAAACUGCAGUACAACGAAUUUAUCGUAUACAACGUGGCUCAAGUUAACAUCAAAUAUCUGUUGCAGAUCAAAUUUAGGUUUUACUAAUACCAAAACAAUUGUGUCACAAUAAUUAUAAUUGUAUGUGUGCUAUUGAUUCGCCGUUACGAUUCAAAUAUUUAAACCAAAAUAUAUUUCAAAUACUAUUCAAUUCUAAUUGUUUGUGAAGUAAAUUUACAAAUACUUGUACUUGUGUGAUGUCCCUAUUUCUCUUCAGUUAAAGAGUGCCUGAAGGCGGUUUAUUAUGUAGUUUGUACGAAUUGUUAAGUUUUGUUUAGUAUUACUAUUAGGCGAUCUUCACACUGCCCCGCAUCAUGCUGCAUAUUGCGUGUCGACGCACAUACGCGCGUUCCUGUGGGAGUGCAGAUCUGCAUCAUCGUGCGGGUUUUUUGCGCCCUCACGCGCGUAGGUGCGUUUGUAGAUUCACGCACGGCGGCUCUCAUUUAUUCGCCGUUCUCUGUGGUGGUCGUGCAAUACUGAGCAUCACGACGCGCGGCACUGCGGGAUUCGGUGUGCCAUACCUUGCGUCUCGCCCCGCACCUACGCGCGGGGGUGCAUGUUUCUCCGCGUGUAUGCGCGUGAUCCGCAUGAACGCGCGUGGUUGCAUUUUCAGUGUGUUGGACUGUGCGUGUUUUCUAUACAAACGGAGAUACUUACAAGUAACGUUAAACACGCAGUCACGCAACAUGCAGCGUGGUGCGGGGCAGUGUGAAGAUCGCCUUAUGGCAGCAAAAUCACAAUAUUUAUAUGUAAUAAGUGUUUUGGUUCUCUGAAGUUGUAUUUCAUUACAAUAUUAUGUAAAUUGGAAAUUGAAUCUUUCAAAUAAUAUUGUGAACGUGUUUUAUUAAUACAGUUGAUUAUGUUUUGUUUA